AUGUCUCUCCCGUCUUCUUACAAGAUCGCUGCUGCCGAGAAUCCCGGCUCACCAUUGGCUCUCAAGGACACCCCAAUGCCGACGGUUGGGGACGAACAAGUACUCGUCAAGGUCCUCGCUUGCAGCGUCUGCCACACUGAUGCUGUGGUUGCGGCCGGCUAUUUCGGCAUCUCUUUCCCCCGGGUACCUGGCCACGAGAUCAUCGGAGAUGUCGUCAAAGUCGGCAGUGCUGUUGUGGGAGUGAAGCCUGGAGAUCGCGUCGGCGGCUCUUGGCAUGGGGUUGAGUCAACCGAAUGUUCACCGUACUCAUUUACUAACUCGAAUUUCUCAGGUCACGACGGCACCUGUCGUGAGUGCUCCCGUGGUCUUGUGCAGAUGUGCCAGAACGAAGAGGCCCACGGUGUCACCCUCGACGGCGGUUUUGGCGAAUACGUCCUGAUGCGCUCUCAGGCUGUCGUUGGAGUGCCUGCCGAUAUGGACCCCGCCGAAGCUGCUCCUUUGAUGUGCGCCGGACUCACAAGCUUCAAUGGUAUUCGGAAGAUGGGCAUCGAGGCCGGCGGUCUCGUCGCUGUUCAAGGGCUCGGUGGUCUCGGACAUCUCGCUAUUCAGUACGCGAAUCGCAUGGGAUACAAAGUCGUGGCCUUGAGUUCGGGGAGCUCGAAGAAGGAAUUCGCAGCACACCACUACGUCGACACCAGCGCCGAAGACCCAGUGAAGGCCCUGAUUGCCCUUGGUGGUGCCGAUCUCAUCGUCGCAACCGCUCCGCACGCCAAGGCCGUCUCACCUUUGAUCAACGGUCUCCGAUCACUGGGCAAUCUUCUCGUACUUGCCCCAGUUGGAAACGUCGAAUUCGACACCACGGUCCUAUUGCGCAAGGGUGCCUCUGUACUCAGCUGGCCCAGUGGUAAUAUCACCGACGCCGAGGAAAUCCUCGAAUUCUCAAAGGUCCAUGGUGUAAAGUGUCUGGUUGAGAAGUUCCCACUGGGGAAGGUCAAUGAAGCUAUGGGCCACAUGUUGACGGGAUCUGUUAGGUUCCGUAGUGUCCUGGUCGUAUACUAA